GCGCUUCCGGGCGGCAGCGGGGUCUCCUCCCCCCGGCGCCGCGCCCGGUGGAUGGCGGUGGUGCGGAGUAUGGGGCCGGAGCGGGUGUGUCCUGAGGAACCGGGGCCGCCGGAGGCCCCCGAGGGUGCGGCGGGCUGGAGCGGCGAUGAGGAGGAAGAGGAGGAGGAGGAGGAAGAGGAAAGCGGCGGCGGCGGCGGGUACUUGUACCAACCGCUGAGCCAGGAGCCGGAGCAGGGCCCCGGUGAGGCGGGCCCCGCCGCCACCGCCGCCCCGACCGGCUGCACCGAGCCGGGCCCCGGCCUGCAGGAGCGGCUGCAGAUGCUGAGGCUGCACCUGCCCGAUCCACCUGCGGACAGCGAGGAGGAGGAGGCAGCGGCGGAGGAAGGUGCCGCGGCUCAGAGCAGCCGUAGCUCCAUCCCCAUGGAUGCAGAGCACGUGGAGCUGGUGAAGAGGACGAUGGCCGGUGUGAAGCUGCCCACCCUGGGCAUCCCUGCCUGGGCCAGCCAGAUCUCAGAGGACCAGUGGAAGGACGUGGUGCAGCGCACGCUGCAGGCCCGCCAGAGCCUUGGUGGCCCCAGGCCCGAGUGGAAGUGAGGGGCGAGCUGCGGUGUGGGGUGGGGGGCUGCUGACCCCAGCCCUCCCUCCGCUAGAGCCGGGUGGUGACGGGACUCGCCGGCAUCGACCUUUAACUGUUUCUCCCACUGACGUUGUCCCAUUUCCCUUCCUGCUCCUCUUCCCUGGUUCUGGCUGGUGAUUAAGUGGUUGUGAUGUCCUCGUGUCGGCUCCCUCUGCCGCCGAGGAGCCCAAGCGGUUUCCAUACCCACGUGCGUGCGGAGGGAGGGGGCUCGGCCGGCUUUGCCCACAUUCCCUUGGGACAUACACUGGAUUUAUGGAUUUAUUCCCCCGCUGUCGAGUGCUGGAGAAGUCCCCCUCCACGCUCGGGCCCCUCCUCCCAGGACAAGGGGGCUGGGUGUUGGAAUAGCAGAGGUGGGAGUCCGAUGUGUCUUUCCAAGAGAUCGGUUUUAUUUAGUUCUGUACAUACAGGGACAUCUGUACAAAAUCCAACACUUUCAUACUAUGUAAUGCUCUACUGAAAAUAAAGUACACCAUAUGUACAUAUGAACUGUAA